AUGACAACCCAAGUCCCAAACCCAGUUGCUCCUAACACAUCAUUUUCUAGUGAUGCGUUGACCCAAGGCGCAAGGCGCAGGGCGCAAGGCGAAGAUUUGCAGACGAUGCGUUCUGCCCAUACCCCACCCCUCCGCGGCCCUAGUACAGUCAGCAACGUCAGCGACCCAUGUUCAUCGUCUUUAGAACACCCAGCGGCGAUCAUCGACUCGAAGCUCACACCGGAUCACUUAGCCGCGGCAAAUCACCAAUCCGCAACCUUUGAAACAAACGCCCGUGGCAACGACACUGGUCUGACAAUACAACGACGCCGUCUAUCAGGAAUCUCUCGCUCAGAUGCAGGUUGA